AUGGGGUGCUUCCCCACCGGCGGCCGGCGGCCGAAAUCGCCGCCGCCGCCGGGCGCGUACGAGGAGGGCUCGACGUCGGCCGGGUCGACCUCGGUCACGGGGUCGCCGCCGUCGUCGGCGUCCACCUCGUCCCCGGCGUUCCUCGACGAGGCCGUCGAGCCGCUCUACCCGGACAUGGACGGGGACGCGCCCGAGCUAGCCGACGCCGCCGGAGGCAGCCUCUCCGCCGCCAUUGCCACCCGCCGCCUCUUCCUCGCGCCCCCCGGCCGGUCCAACUCCAUCGUCGACUCCUCCGAGCACGCGGCCGCCAUGUACAGCGGCGGCAGCCCGUCUCAACGCGCAACGGACAGAAAGGAGUCGGAGACAGAGGCGGUGAGGAGCGUGUCGAUGUCGACGGCGGCUCCACGGGCGGAGUUCCUCAAGUCGAUGCUGGAGAUGGCGGAGGCGCUGGGGCUGGACCCGCGCAGGGGCGGCGACCGCGCGCGUCUCCACGAGCUCCUCCUCUGCUACAUCGCGCUCAACGACAGCGACACGCUCAGGGACAUCCUCGGCGCCUUCACCGAGCUCCUCUGCCUCCUCAACAACGCCACGACCGGUGACAACGGCGCGGCGGCGGAGAGAGCGACGCAUAGGUCGUAGAAUCAAUCAACGGGCGUUACGGGCCGUACGUCAUGCAGAUCGACCGGCCCCGGCUGGCAACGCACGCGCGUGCGCCGUGGUAUGCAUGCAUAUCUCGAUGGCCCCAUGCAUGGUUUUCUGCGUGCCUCCCGCUCGUAUUGUUGUCCUGUUCUUGGGCAUGCACUGUGGAACGGACGGAGCUAUCGUCGUCUAGAAGGAUUUAGGAUUAAUGGUUCCGGAUAAGGGUGGUUAAGUGUAACAAUUACAGUUUGUUCUUCAUUUUCUUUCUGUUAAUGCCGAUCGAUUUCCAAUCGUACGUCUUUAUGUGCUUUUUUAGCUUUGCUGCUUAAUUAGCUCUCGUACGUCGAUGUAGGCCAUCAUGCAUGACCAUUGUAAUAUACUCGUGGUAAUGUGACUGACAGCA